AUUAAAUUUUCCCUCUAAUUCAAGAAUGGCCAGAACAAAGGAAGGCAAAGAAAUGUCAAAGAAAAGUAUUGCAAAGACUUCAGGGAAAAAAAUGAAACAUUAAAAAAAAGAAAGAAAGCCUCAUAGAUUUAGACCAGGUACAGUUGCUCUAAAAGAAAUCAGAAAAUAUUAAGAGAGCUCAAGAUUAUUGAUAAGGAAGAUUCCUUUUUAAAGAUUAAUCAGAGAGUUAGCAGGAGUAAAUGAAAAAGAAAUGAGAUUUUAAAGUAGCGCCAUAUUUGCCUUAUAAGAGGCAACUGAAGCAUUUAUAGUUAAUCUCUUAGAAGACAGUGUUCUUUGUGCACAUCAUGCUAAAAGAAUGACUGUUAUGCAAAGAGAUAUUAAUUUAGCAAGAAGAAUCAGAGGAGACGAAUUUUGA